AAAGGGUCACACUAUGGUGAAGAGCGUACAUUGGGAAAAAAUAAACUACAACAAAACCAUUAAUUAAACUAGGAAAGCGCUGCGUUACAUCAAUCGAGAGAGCCGAAUCUGGUAAUCUCUGGACCCGGAAGUUCUUAUAUCUAGGGUGCGAAGGCAGUAGUCUAGGUGGAGCCCAGGAAACGGGAAUUUUCGACUUGCAAAUAAGAGAAAUUGAUGCCCCGGCAAAGGAACGGAAUCUCGCCCAGAAACAAAUCGUCUCAAAAUAAACCGCAGUAGUUCCUGUUCCGGUCUGCAAAAUGCCAGGCGAAGAGUGGCCACAGUGAGGCCUCCCUCGAGCGACUUUCGCAGCCUUUCGCCCAGAGCAUGGAAAGCACGGACAGCAGUGACAGCAGCGGGGACAGUGUGAAAUCCAUUCCCCGGCCGGACUUCGAGGCCCUCUCCGCCAUCGACAGCCCCCAGCCACAGUUGCAGAGCUCCUCGCUGGAUGGCCCCAUUGAAAUGGAGUCGCUUAUCGUGCCCAGCAAGCGCCAGAAGUACGUGGUCAGCGCUCCGCCAGGAUCGGCCAACGGCAGCAGCCACUCCUCCAGCUCAAGUCCCUCGAACGCGAACGUGGGCUCUUCGCUCACCAUGAAGCUGACGAAGGUGCAGCCGCAUCAGCAGCAAGCGCGCUCCUCCACGCCCAACACCAAGGCCAAGAUGCCCAAGGAGAUGCUGGCGCUGCAGCGCUCACACAUCGAGUCCGAGGUGUUGACCAACUUUGUCACCGACAUCGCCAAGCUGAAACGCAGGAAGUCGCGACACGCGCCCGCAAGUCUCGGUACUCAGGCGUCAGGCGGCGAGCUGUCCCGCAGCUUGAACGCCACCUCGAAAAAGAAAGGAAAAUCUCUCAAGUUGGCCCUUAAGCGAAGCAAGAGCAUUCCGGCCCCCUUUCUGGACUCUGACGACGACUGGCAGGACGAGGACAUUGACAGGAGCCUGAAGAACUGCAGACCGCGGGGACGCUCGAUGGCCUGCGACGAUGGCGAGCGGUUGCCCGAGAUGAACGCGGAGGACAGCAACAGUAAUUCUGCGAAGGGAGUGCUCACCCGCUGCCGAUCCCGCAGCAAAACCCUCUCCCUGAGCAACAGCUGGAGCGCCGAGGAGAAGGCGGCAAGGCGGACUAACAUGCGCAGUGAGAACGAGGAGUUUACCAAGAAACACAAUGCCUUUCUUGAUCGCGUCAUCCAGGAUGACCAGGACCAGGACUCGGAACUGGCGCUAAACACUUCCGGCGAGGGAGAUGGCGACGCGGAAAUGGAGUGGCCCGAUGGCGAGUUGGAGGCCCACAGCUCGCUCUUCUCAGAUGCCAGCGACUCAAAGAUGGUCUCGGCCAAAUCACAGGAGGACGAGGCGGCAGAACGACUUCGUCUCAUCUGGCAGGAGCCGCCCACGCCUGGAUGGGACCCCUUCUGCUGGAAGUGUCGGGAAUGCGGCAAGCUGAUGCCCUGCUCGAAAUGCCUGCGCUCCUUCCACACCUACUGCGUGCGCUCCGCCACCACCAAGUUCGACUCCUCCUGGAAGUGCCCCGAGUGCCAGGUGAUCGAGGCAGCGCCCAAGAGGCUGCGUCGCAAUGAGGUAUCCGUGGAUCUGCUGAGCCAGCUGCUCUCCUUCGCCCUGGACCGCAUGAAGCAUGUGCGCGGGGCCCACAAGCUGCGUUCGCCGCAAGAGGUCUUCCCGCUGACGUACAAGAAGUACUUUGUGAACCCCGUGAGCUUCGACAGCCUGGCGCAGUGUAUCCGGAGUGGGGCGUUCCAGAGCACGGAGGAGUUCCUCGGAGAGGUGAAGUGGAUCCAGCACAACGCGCUUAUCCUGGACGCCGGCGAUGCGAAAGUAGAACAAGCCUCGAAGGCCGUGGUGAAGGUGUGCAAGCAGGAGGCCAACGAAAUCGAAACCUGCCCCGAAUGCUACCUGAACGCCAACUCCAGCGACGAGUGGUUCGUAAAGGUGUGCCGGCACCCGCAUCUGCUGCUCUGGGCCAAGCUGAAGGGCUUCCCCUACUGGCCGGCCAAGGCGAUGGGCUUAUCCACCUCCGCGCUGGUGAACGUGCGCUUCUUCGGCAAGCACGACCGCGCCUUUGUGCCCGUCAAGGACUGCUUCCUGUACUCGGCCCAGAACCCGAACACACAAACGAGUCGGAGGUCAGCGCGGGAUUUGGCGGAGUGCAUUCGGGAGGUUGAGGUUCACAUCGAGCAAAUAAAGCGGAAGAUUGGCGCGUUUAACUACGCCGACUAUCGCACGCCCUAUGAUCCUCUGGAGGAGCAACAGCAGCUGGAGCAGAUGAUGCCCGGCGUUUAUGCGGCCAUCGAUCGGGAACUGGAGCCGGCUAACAAGACGCCACUGCAGUUUCUCAUCCGCAAGACGGCGGGUGACAAGCUGUCGAUCGUGAAGAAGACCAAGACCACAGAGUCGGGCAACGAGUCAGACCAGUCUCCCAGUCCCUCGAAAAAGCACCAGGAGGUGGACGUCGUGACGCCAGCAGGCGCCAUCGAGCACUCCAAGCUCAAGAGCAACAACUACGAGGUCAUAUCCAGGACAGGUGAAUCUCUGACCGACUCCCGUUGCAAGGUGCUUCUCAAGCGGAAAUCUCUGGCCGCCAAAACAGUUGCAGAGUCUGCGGAAACCCCGGAGGCGGUGGCCACUAAGCGCAAACAUUCCUUGAGUGACGCUAGCUUCACCAGCGAGUCCAGCGACCACAAGCGCAAGUCGAAGCAUGCCAGAAAGCAGCAGGAGCAGGAUAAGCCAGCUGGUGGGCAGGAGCACGCUGCCCAGGAACCCUCCGAAUCUCCAAAGCACUCGCCUAAGCAGGACAUGGCUCCAAACGCAGAGCUCGACAACGAAACAUCUGUUCAGGAGACUUCCACCGCUUCUUCGGAGGCCUCUGCUUCUUUGGUUUCCGUUGUGGAGCUGGUCAGACGUCGCCAGGGCGUCACCAUCACCAAGAUUCCCCGCGAACAGCAACAGACAGCAACGGCAGCCACAGAAGGGCCGGCGGGGCCUGUUCCGCCUCCUACAGCCCCUCCAGCUCCAUCGGUUGCAAAGCAAAACACAUCAAAGCGAAGUGAAGCGGCGAACCCAAAACUAUCCGACGUCGAAAGGCAGCAGCAGCAGCUGAUCAAGAAAGUAAUUCCAUUCGUCGAAAUCAAAACGGAGGUGAUGUCGGAGCCAGAAGAAGAGGAAGUGGCGACCAGGCAAGCGGUGGACCAGCCUCCUGCUAAGCAAGUGCCUGGGCAACAAGAGCACUCGGAGAGGAUCACACACCAACCCGAACCAACGCCUGCGCCCACUCCUCAGCCCGAACCAGUGGAUCAUCCCCCUCCCGAGGUGGUCAGGAUCAAGGAGGAAGUCAUCAGCGAAGAUGAGAUGGAAACGGAGCAGAGCAUCGUUAGUCACAGGUUCGAGUCCCUGCCUCCCAUGCCCCUGCCAAUGCCCCCGCCCCCUCCGUUGCCUCCUCGGGAGACGCCCGCCACAGAGGACCUAGUUCGAUUUGUGGGUGAAACCACCAUCCAGAGGUUAAGCCAGAAACAGGCAGCCAAGGCCACGGACGCAUCGGGAAAGCGAAAGGGACCGCAUCAGAGUCCUCUGCCGGCUGCCCUCGAGGCAACCUCUCCGGCCCACUCGCCAGUCCAAUCAGCUGCCCCCUCGCCUUCGGCAUCGCCAAAGCCAACAGGCACGUUCGCAGUUGGGAAGCCACAGCCUCCGCCCUGCAAGGGAAAGGCACAGCAGCCUCGGGUGAGGAACGACCGUACUCCGUACCCAGCCUCCCCACCAGGAACCGCUGCACCCGCCACCACCACCACCUCCUCCACCUCUUCGCUGCUCAGAUCCAACAUGGUGGUAAUUCCCGUGGAGCAGGCAGGCAGCUGUAAUCAGCACAACCCCAUGACGAUCCCGGUUCCGCCCCUGAGAGCCGUUUCCAAGAGCACUCUGCAGAGCACUCCAACGCUGCCAACCGCUCCUUCCGUUCCGUCGUCUUGUCAACCAUGCAGCUCCAUGUCCAUGCCACCACCUCUGGCGGGACUGAGUAUGCCCCAAGCGGCGGCCCUCACAUCCCAGGAGAACUUGUCUUCAAACAGCGGGGAACCAGUUGGUCUGCUGGCCAGCGCCUUGAACGGAUUGGCUACCGAAUCCAUACCCAGUAUGCAAGCCCCUUGUGAGCCCAUAACUCCGGGCUUGGCCACGGCUCUAAGUGAAAUGCUCGUGCGCUCCGGUGCCCCGAAGCUGGUGGCUCGUCCCUGCGGCCCACUCCGAUCGGACGGCUCCCAGAUUUAUCCAUCACAAGCGGGACCCGUCUCGCAGAAGCUCAAGGAGAACGCGCACAAGAUCACCGACUACUUCAUAUCCGUCAUCGAGGACACGCUGAGCGACAUGGCCACCGGAGACCAGAGCGUCCUCCAAGCCCGCAUCGCCGGUUUGUCGCUGGAGAACGAGCGGCUAAAGCAGCACUACGAGCGGCAGAUGAACGACCUGCAGCGCACCAGCGAGCUGAUGAUCGCCGAGAUGCGCAAGACCUUGGAGCAGGAGCACAAACGCGCGAUCAGCGAACUGCGCCAGCAAAAGGCGCUCGAGCGGAUGCGGGCCGUGGAUGAGGCGAAGAAGAAGCAGUGGUGCGCGAACUGCAUGCGAGAGGCGCAGCUGUACUGCUGCUGGAACACCUCGUACUGCGACUACCCGUGUCAGCAGAUCCACUGGCCCAGGCACUCUGCCACCUGUGGCCAGUCUGUCCAGGUCCCGCACUCGGCUUCAGUGCCACCCAUAGCCACGGUUCCGAUAGUAGAACCUGGUCGAUCCAAGCCCAAAGUGCCGAUGCCAAUGGCGACGCCACCAACCACCAGUCCCAGUCCCAGCUCACAGAUUAUUCGCACGGCUGCCGCCUGCCCACCAGCAGCACCAGUCGGCAUCGCACCAACCUCUAAAAAGUGGGCGCCCAUGAUGACGCUGAUCAAUCAACCCAAUCCGGAGGCCGUGCUAAAGCUGCCAGCCAGCACCUACCUGCGGCCAGUGGUCAGCACGACGAUGACCGCCUCGGUUUCGGCCUCUCCGCCUGCUAACAACAACAGCAACAGCAUGAAUGUGAUGAUGACUCCCUCUCCUUCGCCAGGAAACCACAUGGCGAGUCUCAUGCCCGCCCAGCGGACCCCGCCCAACUUCCACCCCAAUCCCGCCAAUCAAAACAUGCCCGUGCAGCGGUUUAAUAUUCCUUUGCCCAUCACUGUGAAUGCGAACGCGCCCUUUCUGAUCGCAGAGCCACAUCACAAGCAGGCGCCAAAGGCGAGUGGCCGCAGCACCGGAAAAAACAACAGCCGAAUGCGCCAAAUGUACAGCAGCAAUACCAGUCCGCAGGGUAUGCGACAGAAUCAAAUAAAUCAAGUGUUCCAGCCAUAAGUAAUGGACGACUACCGCAUGAUAGUUUUCCACCUGGAAAGACUGCCUGCAAAUCAGGAAAAUUUUCUUUGAUAUUCCGGAGAAACUCAGCAACAGCAACAGAUCCAUAGAAAUGCACGAUCACGGAAUCGGAAAUCUGAACUUUAUAUAUUCAAUUUAAUUCCCCUGCACGCAGCUUUUGACGAUAAAUUGUUUUUAGAGUAAGAGACUCCAGGUUGAUGCCGCUGAAAGACGAUGCUGUAUGUAAAUUAAUAUUACCAUAUAAAUAUUAGAUUUAUGUUACGAUAUAUGCUAUUGUAGUUCGCUGGUGUUACUGUAACUCUGCCGGCUAGAAUGUAAGAAGCAAUGUAAAGCCAUGAGAUGGAUCUUUGCGAAAAUCUAGCUACUAGCAGUCCAUAAUGUCAUCCCACUUUUCAUUUAAACCGUUCUGUAAAUUGUUCGAUCAUAUAUUUUACAUACAUUUUAUGUAUAUUUAAAGCAAAGCUAUAAAGUGAAAAAGAAUAAUUAUUUAAAGUAUUUUUGUGGUUAAA